AUGGCUCCAACCAUUUCCCUCCAAAACUUCAUUCUCUCAACUACCUUUCUCCUUCUCUUCUUCACAACACCCUCAUUUUCCCAACAAUCUUUCCGCCCAAAAGCCCUGGUGGCAAAAGUCUCAAAAGACACCUCAACUCUCCAAUACUUGACCUAUCUCAGCCAAAGAACCCCUCUCGUCCCCAUCAGCCUCGUCUUCGACGUCGGCGGCCAAUUCCUCUGGGUCGACUGUGAAUCCAACUACGUCUCCUCCACUUACCGCCCCGCUCGCUGCCGCUCCGCCCAGUGCUCCCUCGCCAAAGCCUCCGGUUGCGGCGACUGCUUCUCCUCGCCGCGUCCCGGCUGCAACAACAACACCUGCGGCGUCUCUCCCGACAACACCGUCACCCACACCGCCACCGGCGGCAAGCUCGCUGAAGACGUCGUUUCUAUCCAAUCCACCGACGGUUCGAACCCAGGGCGAAACGUCACGGUUUCGAGAUUCCUGUUCUCUUGCGCGCCGAGCUUCCUGCUCCAAGGGCUGGCAAAUGGAGUCUCCGGAAUGGCGGGCCUUGGCCGGACGAGAAUAUCUCUCCCGUCGCAGUUUGCUUCCGCGUUCAGCUUCCGCAGGAAGUUCGCUAUCUGCCUAUCUUCGUCCAAAAACGGCGUCGUUUUCUUUGGCGACGGACCGUACGUUUUCCUCCCCGGAAAACAAUUCUCGUCCUUUACAUACACUCCGCUCAUCCUCAACCCCGUCAGCACCGCCUCCGCCUCAUCGCAAGGCGAGCCCUCGUCGGAGUAUUUCAUCGGAGUAAAGUCGAUCAGGAUUGGAGAAAACGUCACGGUUUGGGUGAACUCCACGCUUCUUUCUAUCAACCAAGAAACAGGCUUCGGAGGGACUAAAAUCAGCACCGUGAAUCCGUACACCGUUCUAGAAUACUCCAUUUUCAAGGCCUUAACGGAGACUUUCACUAGAGAAGCCGCCGCGAGGAACAUCACGAGUGUCGGCGCCGUCGCUCCGUUCGAGGCGUGCUUCAGCAGAGAGAACAUUCUGAGCACUCGCCUAGGGGCGUCAGUGCCGACGAUCGAGCUCGUUCUGCAGAAUGAGAACACGGUGUGGAGGAUUUUCGGGGCCAACUCGAUGAUUCAAGUGAGCGACGACGUGCUCUGCCUUGCGUUCGUUAAUGGCGGCGAAAACCCAAGGACUUCGAUCGUGAUCGGAGGGUACCAAUUGGAGGACAAUCUUUUGCAGUUUGAUUUGGCAACUUCUAGGUUGGGUUUCAGUUCCACUCUUUUGGGAAGGCAGACUACUUGUGCCAACUUCAACUUCACCUCCAAUGCAUAGAUAUAUAUAUAUAUAUAUAUUAUAUAUGAGAAGUUUAGUUCAUCUAU